AUGGAAAGAAUUGGAGAUGCUCUUUCCAGGUGCCAUUUCGUAUUUGUUUUUUUUUAUGUCUCUUUACAGGAACUGACAACAGCUUUGGAAAAGAAUCCAGAUGAUGCCGAAUAUUAUUGUCAACGAGCUUAUGCUCAUAUUCUUCUGCAGAAAUAUGCUGAUGCAGUUGCAGAUGCAAAGAAGUCCCUGGAACUCAACCCCAGUAAUGCUGUAGCGCUCCUUAGGAAAGGGUUAGGUGAAUAUCAUAUCAAAAACUACGCAUCUGCUUUAGAGUCUUUCAGAGAGGGACAGAGGUUGGAUAAUGUAGAUGAUACCUUUACUAUUUGGAUUAAAAGAUGUGAAGAAACGCUAAACGCAUCACAGACAGAAGUGCAGCAGCCUCUGCCACCAAAGAUCAAAUAUGACUGGUACCAAACAGAAUCUCAAGUAAUUGUGACUAUAAUGAUCAAGAAUGCACAGAAGGAUGAUGUCAGUGUGCAGUUCUCUGAGAAAGAGAUGAAUGCAUCAGUGAGACUUCCAUCAGGUGAAGACUACAACUUAAAGCUUGUUCUUCUUCAUUCUAUAGUGCCAGAGCAAAGUACAUUCAAAGUGCUUUCAACGAAGGUUGAGAUAAAAAUGAAGAAGCCAGAGGCCGUAAGAUGGGAGAAGUUGGAGGGCCAGGGAGAUUCUCCUAAGUUAAAGCAAUUUACACCAGAUACCCAGCACUUAUAUCCAUCAUCCUCUCACUAUACAAGGAACUGGGACAAACUGGUAGUUGAAAUCAAAGAGGAGGAGAAGAAUGAGAAGUUAGAAGGAGAUGCUGCUUUAAAUAAACUCUUCCAGCAAAUUUAUUCAGAUGGUACAGAUGAGGUGAAACGUGCCAUGAACAAAUCGUUUAUGGAGUCUGGAGGCACAGUUCUGAGCACCAACUGGUCUGAUGUUGGCAAAAGGAAGGUAGAAGUAAAUCCUCCUGAUGACAUGGAAUGGAAAAAAUUCUAAUCCUAUUUUUAAUCUUUUACCAUCUAUGUGUUGCCAUAGUCAUGUACUGACCACUGUGUAUGGACAUAGCAUUCUUGGAUUCAAAGCACUGAAUGUUCCCUUGGAAACAGGAAUUGUCUUUACAUUUUGCGUGCUUUAGAAAUUUCUUCAUCCACAGAUGUUAAAGAUACACUCAAGAGUGGAACCCUAUUUUCAUCAUCUCUGUCUAAUUUUUGGAAAUCUAGUCAAUCAGUCUAAAUUUUCUACCGCCUUUAGCAGCUCUGCUUUUUGGAGAUAGGAUGAUCUCUAACGGCUGGUCAGGAUUAUUGCCUUACGCCUGGUAUUUCUGUUUAAUAACUUACAAAAUCUUGGCAACUUCGGCUAAAAACACUUUUCAACAACAGUGUUAAAAUUGUUUGCUCUGUAACUCUGCUAAAUAAAAUUGUAAAUAUAACUUU